AUGACCCUUUUCCGUUGUAUUGAACCAGUUCUUGACAUAAACGGCAAAAUUCUCCGAACAGAAAAAACGUAUUUUAUAAUUCCAAUAAACGGCGAAAAAUACGGUGCCCUUGCUGUCGAAAACAUCGACAACGAGACAUGUCAACUUCGUGUCCUGCAAAAAAAUUACGUCGAACCACAUGCCCUUGAAUUCAUCCCAAUUGAUAAAAAGAAAGGUGUAAUACGUGUGUUAAUACGUGUCUGCGAUUUAAAUUGUCUUCCAUCGAUAAUGUGGCAGCUUGAGAAGUAUGAUUCGAAAAAAGGGAAGUAUUUUAUUAAUGUUGGUCCUAAGAGUACGAGGAAUUGGUUCAAAAUUGAGAAGUAUGGGCAAGGUUAUAAGUUCGUUUAUUGUCCUCCAGUGUGCAAUAACUGCAAAGUAAUUUGUAAAGAUAUUGGAGUUCGUAUGGUCAAGGGAGUUAGGCGUUUGGCGCUCAGUGAUGUUCCUCUUGUGUUCAACUUUAAGAAGGAAAUUCUUAUAGGUCGUUGAAAUUACUUGAACUAAUUUUAUUCUACCAAAAUAAUAGUACUAAUGAUGAUGAUAAUGAACUUGUCCUUCAAAUAAUAAUGAUGUAAUAAGAGUGCCGUUUGCUAAUAUGCAGGCACUUAAUUUCCUAAUAAACUAUGCUUUUUAUUUCUUC